AUGGACUGCAACUUUGAACUGCCUUCGCUGAGGGCCACUUUGAGACUAGGCGCUGAGCUCUACAACGGCACCGUCGAGAUCCUGCGGUGGUUUGAAGAUGACGAGACCACUACUGAACACGGCACGUCCGACGAUAAAGUCAACUACAACAGUAUCGUAUGGUCUCAGGCUGAAAAUGGCGACCCGCUCGUCUGCGUCACAGGAGACUCUCGCAUCAAGGUCUUGAAUGUCCAGACCGGGGAGCUCACAGCAACGCUGAUAGGCCAUGGCGAUUCCGUCAACGAUCUCGCCAUAUCGCCGAUAGACCCGACCAUUCUCGCCUCCGUGAGCAUUGACCAUAGUCUCCGAAUAUGGAGCCUCCACCCCGACCACGAAAAGCAGCCCCUCGGAGCCAUCUGUUACGGGCAAGGCCAUAAGGACCAGGUGCUUACCAUUGCAUACCACCCGAAAGGCCGGUACAUCCUAACAGCGGGUAUGGAUACCAGGAUCAAUUUAUGGGCAGUACCCGAAGACCUCAAGGAACACGCUGGUACCGACAAGCCGGCCAUAGUGCACUAUCCGCACUUUUCCACUACCGAGAUACACACUGACUUCAUCGACUGGUAA